CAGCGACGUCAAGAAGGAUUGUCUUACUUCAACUGCCGUACAAAAUGCUGUUUGGCGUGACUAUUAUUGCUGGCUUGUUAUGGCUCUUUUAUAAACAUUGGGUGUCGGUCUAUACCCACUGGAAGGAGAAGGGCAUCCCAUUUCAUCCGGCCAAAUUCCCUUUUGGUAGUCAUCCGAACCUAGUGAAAUUAAAAGAAUAUAGAGGCUACACUAUUGAUAAGAUGUAUCACAGAUUUGCUCCACAUCCGAUGUUCGGGAUUUUUUUUCUAAGGAGUCCAAUGCUAAUAGUCAGAGACCCAGAAACCAUUCAGCUGAUUUUAACAAAAGAGUUUUCACACUUCAGAGACAGGCGCAUUCUUAAAAUAUCUGAAAAAGAUGUAUUAAAUCAUCAUUUAUUCUAUCUUCAAGGUGAAAAGUGGAGAGAUUUAAGAAUGAAACUUACUCCCACAUUUACUAGUGGGAAAUUGAAAGCUAUGUUUCCUCUUUUUAUCAGUUGUGCUGAGAGCUUCAGCUCCCUUUUGUUAUCAAAAUCUGAUUCAAAAAUUGAUAUAAAAGAACUAAUGAGUCGUUUCACAGCAGAUGUUAUCUGUAGCUGCGCGUUUGGCUUGGAAUUAGAUGUUAUAAACCAUCCAGAUAGCAAACUUAGAAUGAUUGGGAUAGAAAAAAUUAAAUUACAAUUUCUACAAAAAUUAAAGAUGGCUGCCACUAUAUUAUUCCCAGCAUUAUCAACAUUAUUAAAUAUGAGGUUCACUUCCUUAGAGGACGAAAAAUAUAUCCUAAAUCUGGUUAAGAAGAUUGUAGAGCAACGAGAAAAAAAUGGGAUUGUGAGAAAUGACUUCAUAGAUCUUUUAAUGCAAUCAAAGAAUAAAGGAAAUCAAGGAGAUAAUGAACAAGAAUUUGAAAAAACAUUCGAAAUUACACUGGAACUGAUGGCAGCCCAGUGUUAUGUAUUUUUUCUUGCUGGGUUUGAAACCUCAAGUUCACUUCAAAGUUUCUGCCUCUAUGAGCUAGCUCUCCACCAAGAUAUUCAAUCAAGAUUAAUUAAAGAAAUAAAUGAAAAAAUAGAAAAUAACAAUGGUCUCACUUAUAAGGCGCUUCAUGAAAUGGAAUAUCUGGAUAUGAUCAUAUCAGAAACAUCGAGGAAGUACCCAACAUUACCAAUGUUGUAUAGGUCUUGUACAAAGCCUAUAAUACUCCCUUCUGGCCACAAAAUAGAACAGGACACGAUAAUCAGCAUUCCGACCUGGUCCCUGCACCACGACCCUCAAUACUUUCCAGAUCCUGAAAAAUUUGACCCUCAACGGUUUUCACAAGAAAACAGAGGCUCUAUUGUUCCUUAUACUUAUUUACCAUUUGGUGAAGGACCUAGAAUGUGCAUUGGAAUGAGAUUUGGACUUCUGCAGACCAAAGUGGGAAUCGUGACUCUCCUUCAAAAAUGUAAGGUGGAAACAUGCGAAGACACCAAGAUCCCGCUAGUGAUGGGAGGUAUUUCGGCGACCACUGCACCUGAUGAGCCCAUUAUUAUUAAACUGAUAGCAAGGUCUUGAAUUCAUUUUCGUUUUCAUAAGGGUAAAUUUGGCAUAGGUUUGCAUAAUAGAAACGUAUCACAAGACCCAUUAAAGUUAUUAACUUAUGAUAUCAUCCUUUUUGAAACAUUUUAUUCUUUCUUUAUGAAAUAAAACUUGAAAAAUUG